UAGCUAACACGUUGAACGUCUCGGGCGAUAAAACCUCAGCGUAAGCCCUACUAUACGCUCCAUUCACCUCGCCCUGUGUCAGAUCCUUCCUGGACACAGUGUAUUUGACAGAUCUGAUGCUCACUCAGGGAAUCGAUACUACCACUAGCAUUAUUGUUGCAUCAUGUGCACUGUUCAUAUAUGACUAUGCACUUACAUUUUCGAAGGAGAUAGACCUGUUCUGGCGUCAAGGCCGCCAGACUUGGGCGUUCGCGUUCUUCAUUGCCAACAGAUACAUAGGCGUCUUGGGCCGUAUACCAGAGUUUUUUUGGAUUUUUUUCCCGAACAGCAGCGGUUUAAACAAUUCAGUGUGUUCGGAUCUGUACCUCUCUGCACAAAUCUUCGUGGUAGUUCUUCAAGUCAUCGGAUCAGCGAUUAUGAUAGGACGUGUAUAUGCCUUCUACAACCGAGACCGGCGUGUCUUGAGCCUCCUCGCUGUUGUGGGAAUGAUCUGUAUAGGAGUCAGCAGUUGGGCACUGUCAUAUCGUCCACCACCAUCCCCAUCAAAGAAAAUCGCAACAGUUGAGGUCACCCGUGCUGGGUGUCCUAAUCCAGUGACUUCAGUAGAGGCUUCGCAUUUGGCCGCAGCGUGGGGUGGUCAACUAUUGGUUGAUGCUCUGGUUUUCAUCCUCACGCUUAGGCAGUUGAUACAUAGUCACUCUCUUGGAAAACGGACUUUCGUGGCCUUGUCAUUGCGUGACGGUGCAAUAUACUUCGCGGUGAUGAUGGCCGCGAAUGUCGCAAACAUUACUACAUAUUUAGUGGUAAAUCCAUUCGAAAGAUCAAUGUUAUCCACUCCGACGAAUGUGCUUUGCGUGGUGAUGAUCUCUAGGUUGAUGAUUAAUCUUCGGAAUCUGGAGCGCAAGUUAACAGCUGAGCUACCUGAAUGAGGGGCAGUCGAUUCCACAUCAGACAAGACUUCAUCAACCGUCCAUGCAGUCCCGUGCAUCCAAGCACAGGGUACCUCCCGAGUGUUAGGGAGACUGUAGAUACUUCUUGUUCAGAUGUAAUCUGGUGCGCUGGCAGCUGGCUGACCCAGUAUCCUACCAGUUAUGUUGC